AUGCAAGUGGACCGCCCCCCAAAAGGUUUUCCUAGUUCCUCGACGCAAAAGACUACCAAAGGCAGUGCCAGCUCGUCUGAUGAGAAGUCGCCCAAAGGCGACCGUGAGACGGUCGAACACAGAGCGAAAUCUGGUCACGGCACCUUACCUGAGGCGCAGGGCUCAUCGCGCAAUGCGCGAAAGACGUCGGCGCGGGAACCUCGCGUCCGUAACGACGACUCAAAGCCAGUGCAGCACCACUCGUCUGAGAAGAGCGGCGACGAUCACGAGGAGUCGUCCAAGGACGACCGCGAAAACGCCCAAGGCACAGCGAAAUCUGGCCAGAACACCGUCGCUAAGGGACAGGGCUCUUCUCGCGGGCCGUCGAAGGCGACGGUGCGGGAACAUCGCAGCAUACGCAACAGCGAGUCAGAGUCUGCGCAUUCCCAGUCAUCUGAGAAGAGCAGCGACAGCGAUCACGAGCCUGGUGAGCAUCAUUCCAUCCUCGAAAAACCGGCAGACAUCCGUUCUCGAAGGACUUCUGGUAGUCGGAACAGUCAGGAUGACGGCCAUGAGCCUCGACCUGCUUUAAUCAGUGGUGAUGAAGAGAAAGAUGACGAACGGGACCACUGA